GCUCAACGCAGCGCGAGUCACGGCAGCAGCUCUAUCCUGCUUUCCAACUUCUGUCACGAUGACUGGCACGCUCGUUCUCUCUGCAUCGGCUUCACCUUUCCCGUACGCGGCAGCAGCUGCCGCAACAUAUACUGGCAAAGCAGAGCUCGCGUUCGACGAGAGCGCGUCCGGCGUCACCCUCGAGCUCGAUGGCUCCAAGAUCACAGCAGAGGACGAGGUUGUGCGGGCACUGGCAAAAGCGGGUGGACUGUCGGAUGACAGUGAAAAGACACAAGCGUAUUUCGCUCUCGCAAAGAAGAAAUUGCCUACCACGACUACUUUCCCUGAGAUCGUUGCUACUCUUGACUCGCUAGAUGACCAUCUUGCCUUCCGGACGUUCUUCGUCGGUCAUGAGAUCUCCGCCGCAGACUGGAUUGUGUGGGGUGCUCUCAAGGGCAGCGUGAAAAUCGUAGGACUUCUCAAGAACAACAAGCACCCCCACCUUCUGCGAUGGUUCUCGCAUCUCGAAUCGCUCGAAACCACUCAGCUUGUUGUCUCGAGCCUUGCUGAUGCGAAGUCACAGAAGGCACGCUCAAACAAGACUGCCGCAUCGUUCGCUCUUGGGCUGCAGGAUGCGAAGAUGGGCGAGGUCGUCACGCGUUUCCCGCCUGAGCCGAGUGGCUACCUUCACAUCGGACAUGCGAAGGCUGCGAUGCUGAACCAGUACUUCGCCAAGAUGUACAAUGGUAAACUACUCAUUCGUUUCGAUGACACCAACCCCACAAAAGAGCGAACCGAGUUCGAAGAGACUAUCCUUGAAGACUUGGCUCUGCUUGACGUCCACGGCGAUGCCGUCUCACACACUUCUGAUUACUUCGACGAGCUCUACGAGCUCGCCCUGCAGAUGAUCAAGAAGGGUAAGGCGUACGCGGAUGACACCGAGCAGAUGCAGAUGCGCGAGGAGCGCUUCCAUGGGAUCGCCUCGAAGCACCGCGACGACAGCGUUGAGGACAACUUGAAGCACUUUGCUGAGAUGAAGGCGGGCACUCAGGAGGGUGUCCGGUGGUGUCUCCGUGCAAAGAUGAGCGUGGAUAACCCGAACAAGGCCAUGCGUGAUCCUGUCAUCUACCGCUGCAACCUCCUGCCACAUCAUCGUACAGGUGACAAGUGGAAAGUCUAUCCCACGUACGACUUUGCAUGUCCCAUCGUCGACUCGCUGGAGGGCGUCACACACGCGUUGCGUACGAACGAAUACCGCGACAGAAAUCCGCAGUAUCACUGGAUGAUCGAGGCGCUCGGUCUUCGAAAAGUACACAUCUGGGAUUUCAGUCGUCUGAACUUCAUUUACACGCUUCUGUCGAAGCGAAAGUUGCACUGGUUUGUCGAUUCGGGGAUUGUCCGUGGAUGGGACGAUCCGCGCUUCCCGACUGUUCGAGGUAUUCGCCGCAGAGGGCUCACUGUUGAGGCCCUGCGCCAGUUCAUGCUCGCUCAGGGUCCGUCGCAAGCGAUUGUCUCGCUUGAGUGGGACUCGCUAUGGACAAUGAACAAGAAGGUCAUUGACCCCAUUGCGCCGCGAUUAUGGGCGAUCGAGAAGGUCGACGUGGUGAAGGUGACUGUCAGAGGAGGACCGCAGGUUCCCGAAGUCAAGACUCUGCCCAAACACAAGAAGAACGCGGAAGUCGGAGAGAAGCAGACAGUGUUCUCGUCGAAGGUUUCCAUCGAGCAGGAGGAUGCACUCUCAUUUGAGGACCAGGAGGAAAUUACUCUCAUGGACUGGGGCAAUGCCAUUGUCCGCUCGAAGAAGACAAACGAAGAUGGCCUCAUCACGGAUAUCGAGAUGGAGCUGCACCUAGAGGGCGACUUCCGCAAGACCAAGAAGAAGAUCACCUGGCUCGCCCAGCCCACGGAUGCGCACCCGCUCGUCGACAUCACGCUUCUCGAUCAUGACUAUCUCAUCACGAAGAAGAAACUCGAGGAGAAUGACGACGUCAAGGACUUUGUCACGCCCGUGUCCGAGUUCCGCGCGGAUGCCGUGUCGGACGCGAACGUGCUUGCGCUCAAGAAGGGUGACAUCAUCCAGUUCGAGCGCAAGGGAUACUACAUCUACGACGGCAUCAACGAGGGCCGCCGCGAGUUCAUCCAUAUCCCCGACGGGCGUGCGGCGAGUUUGGCGAGCAAAGCGGCGUCCGCUGCGCCGACGCCGAAGGAGAAGGCUGAUGAAACGGGAGGCUCAGCCGCGGGCGAGGCGUUCGUGGCGAAGUCGCUGGACAUCCCGGUGGACACGAAGAUGUACAAGGUGGCGCCGAUAUAUGAGAAGAAAGAAACGGUCCCUCUAGUUGAGACGAAGAUGUAUAAGGUGAAGAACGUAUAUGAUUCAUAGGAGCUGGCUACUUAGGAAAGUGAUACAUGUCGAGUACAUCUCCGUUGUAGAUCAUUGCUGCUGAUUAUACUACCAGGAAGAUCGUUCCUCGUUACUAAAGAUAACCUUGCGUCAUAGAGAGCGCCAUCAUCAGUCGUAAUGACUCACCAAUACAUCCAAAUUCAGCUGAUCUGCC